CAAAUGCGCAAAUCAGUCUGUGUUUUCUGCUUUCAGCGAGUUGUCACUAACCUCUCCCACAGUUGUGUCAAAUUAGAAUAUGUUAUGUGUGUAUAAACAAUAGUAGUUAAAUAAACAAAAUUUGCUUUGUUUUUCUUUCAAUAACUAAAAGCAGAAAAAAACAACACCAAAUCAUUUAUUAUUAUGUGAAGCUAUAUUUUCAAAAUUUAAUGAACCGCCAAAAGACUUUUUCGCGCCGAAAAAGAAAACCGUAAAUCGAGUUGGAAUUUCGUAUAUUAUGCUCUUGCGGUUAAUGAAAGUCAUCGUCGCUGUUGUUUUAAGUUUAAUGUUUACAGUUUCUUUGGUUAAAAUAGUUUUAUUAAUAUGGAAUGAUUAUCAUGUGUCAUUUGAUGAUGACGGAAAUGUGGAUUUGUGGUUGGAUGAAAAUAAUUUAACCAUUUACAAAAGUUUAUUUCGUGAAAAAGGAAUUUCAUCUUUAUCAAGUUGUGGAGAUCCUGAACGUCUACCCGAACUUCCGCCCGGCGAUGAACAACGUUUGCAGCGGGCCGCAUUACAUCUGCAACAAAAAUUAAUUCUACGCGAAUGGUUACGCGAUCAUCGUUUGCAGCAUCAUUAUUCACGUUUGCUUGCUGUUGAAGUAUCCUCACUGGAGGAUGUCUAUUGGCUGGAAGAUUCCCGGGCCAGCAAACUCUUGGGCAAGGACUGGCAAGUUUGGUCGCAGGCGAGACAAAAUCUGCCCACGUCCAAGUCACAAUUGGAAUCGUUGAAGGCCCAAUUGUGGUCGACUGUGGUUAAAUCAAGUCAACAUCAAGACGCUUGGACAUGGGGUGGAAUGCUUGUUGUGUCGGUAUCGGUAGCUGGUUUAGUUACUCUAGCCGCAAUGACACAACCAUCAUUGGCGCCUGAAGCGCGCCAUUCACUGUUGCAGUAUGUUACCGGAAAAUAUUUGUUGCCGGCCAAUUGCAAAGUUCAGUGGGAUUGGAAGGAUCCGCAUGUUGUUGGUGGUACCAUGUGCUUUAUUGUUCGGUUCUUUCAACGAAAUGGACAGCCUUAUCCUAUCUGUGAUACUGAUCAGUUUUUUGUUGAAGUCACUGAAGGAACUCGAAAAGUUGUUACCAUCAGUGAACUUGGAUCACCAACAGACCCAAACAAUGCUAAUAUAGCUAAAGUUAAAUUUACGGUCCGAACUGCGGGCCAAUAUAAAAUAUCCGUUUUAAUUGGUUCCAGCCAUAUUGCUGGAAGUCCAUUUGCUAAAUCAUUUAUUCCUGGGCCAAUUGACGCGAAACGAUCGCGUUUCAUACGACCAGCAACAACCGUUAUUUGUUGUGCCGGCUCACCAACUUUAUUGCACAUUGAGCCAAGAGAUGAAUUCGGAAAUGCCUGUGUGUUUGAUCAUAAUGAAGAUCCAGUCAAAGGAUAUCGAGUUGAUAUUUACGAUUUGCAUGGAAAUCCUAUUGAAAAAUUACAUCACGCAGUAUCGUUUGCAUACGAUAGGGUAAAUUCAAGAGUUUCGGUGACCGCAUUGUUUCCAGAACCGAUUUGCCUUCGUGCUGUUAUUAGUUUUCUAGAACAAAAACUACCAAAUGGUGACUUCGAUAUCAUAGUUCUUAGUAGUAGCGAUACAACUUUAGUUCAUAAGAAUAUUGCAUCACGCAAACACAAUAUUUGUUAUGAAGCAAAAUUAUUGAGUAUCUUUGGUCAAAAUAAAUCAAAACCUCGUAAAGUCUUGUGUUAUGUUGGUCCAAAACAAAAUUCUUUUAUUUUCCAGGUUACUAUCAAAGAAAUGAUUUUAAAAUUUAUUCCAAAACGCAUUGCAACUUUUCGCCUGUGUCCUUCGACUAAAUUUCAUUUUCUACCACAAUUGCUCACACAGUCACAUGGUCCAGUUUUUAUUAUUGACGAUGGUUCUCAGCCAAAAAUUGAACUUGCAUCCAAAGAUCGUAACAUUAUUGCAGCAACUUUCACACAUUUCUUGUUGAAAAAUAUCGGUGGGUCGGAAACUUUUAAGGAUAAACAGGAUUUCUUCUAUCACGAAGUAAGAAAGUUCCAUUCAAAUUACUACCACGAGAAGCUUGCCUUGAAAGUGUCGAGGGAUAAGAUUUUAGAAAGUAGCAUGAAAGCUACAAAAGGGUUUUCGGUCUCCGAUUGGUGCGGUAACUUUGAAGUUACAUAUCAAGGCGAACAAGGUAUUGACUGGGGAGGUUUACGCCGCGAAUGGUUUGAGCUUAUUUGCAGCUCCCUGUUUGACCCUCGGGGAGGAUUAUUUUGUACAUUUCACGAUAAACAUCAAGCUUUAGUUCAUCCAAAUCCGCAUCGACCAUCACACUUGAAACUUAAGCACUUUGAGUUUGCUGGAAAAAUUGUCGGAAAGUGUCUGUAUGAGAGUGCUCUUGGAGGUUCCUAUCGACAAUUAGUCCGUGCCAGAUUCACACGUUCCUUUUUGGCACAGCUUAUUGGUUUAAGGGUUCAUUACAAGUAUUUUGAACAAGAUGAUCCCGAUUUAUAUUUAUCCAAGGUUAAAUAUAUCCUAGAUACAGAUUUAGAUGCUAGCGAUUCAUUAGAAUUAAAUUUUGUUGAAGAAAUUUACGAUAUUAGCGGUCAACUAUCAAAAACUGUCGAACUCAUUCCGAAUGGAUCGAAAGUUCGUGUAACAAAUGCGUCAAAAAAUCAAUAUUUAGAUGCGUUGGCACAGCAACGUUUAUGUAAUAAUGUUAAAGAUGAAGUAGAUAGCUUUCUUAAAGGGCUAAAUGGUAUUAUUCCUGAUAAUUUGUUAAGCAUUUUCGAUGAAAACGAAUUGGAGCUCCUAAUGUGUGGAACUGGAGAAUAUUCCAUUGCUGAUUUCAAAGCGCAUCAUAUUGCAAAUGGAAAUUCAGCUGAAUUCCGACGAGUAUUGGGUUGGUUUUGGGCCGGCAUUAGUAAUUUUAGUCAAACAGAAAUGGCUCGACUUCUUCAAUUUACCACUGGUUGUUCUCAACUACCACCAGGAGGAUUUCAAGAAUUAAAUCCGCAAUUUCAAAUCACAGCAGCUCCUACAUUUGGCAAUCUUCCUACCGCACAUACAUGUUUUAAUCAGCUUUGCCUGCCUGACUAUGAGAGCUAUGAACAAUUUGAAAAGGCUCUGCUUUUAGCAAUAAGUGAAGGCAGUGAAGGAUUUGGAAUGGUUUAAUUUGUUCGUUUGUUUUUUUUUUUAUUAAUAUGGGUUUGUUUUGAAAAAGAAAUUUGUAUAAGUUCCGCGUUGCCAUUGUGACAAAAAAAAAAAACGUUUUACAAAAAGAAAAGGCUUUUUUAUAUAUAAUUUUACUCAAAAAAUAUAAUAUUAUAUAAAUCAAAUAUUAAACUAGGCAUCAUUAAUGCUU